GUUUUUGUGGACCAAGAGAAACAUCUGAUCCCAUGGAUGUCCGACGACAGACUUCUCAUUGACAGGUCUGUUCUCCAUACAACUUGGGAGCCACAAAAAAAGGUUUCGAUUUGAGUCGAUUUCGCGUAUUAUACUAACAUCUGCACUUAGUUUUCAGUAUCACGGAUUUACAGGGAGUAUUGUGUUUUCUGGUAUGCAUCGGCAAUGACCGUAUAUGUAUGCCAGUGUUCAGAUGAAUGCCGAUGACCCCCUCUCUGAUGACCUUGCCCUUGCUUUGGAAAAAAGGAAAGAUGACUGACUGGAGUUUAAGACUGAUGGGGAAUGAUGAAAAGACGUCGCACUUCCACUGAUAGUCAAACAACUUACUAAGACCUUUCAUGUUCUGUCAUGUUUAUUGAGAAUGUCAGCACUUUGGCAUUCUCUGUGGUGCAAAUGUUUUCAGGAAUUUUAUUUCAGAUGUGUCCUCCUUGUAUUGAUGAUGAGAGAUGAAACAAGAAUGUCAUAUCAAACGGUAUGACGGAAGGGGUCACUUGUUUGACCUUUCAGCAUUUGAUGCCAACAAUGUUAAGGACACAGAUCAAACUUUGACAGAAGAUGAAGAACAAAUGGAGAAGUUGUGUGAUGAAGAGCGUUAUCUGGAGCUGCGGACAGAUAUGGCAGAGAAAACCAUGUAUGAAGAGGAGGAGUGGAAGCGUUAUUAUCUGUCUCUUUCUGAGGGCUAUAAUGCUGUCAGCUUCAGCUAUGACUAUGCUCAGCAGAUGGCAGCUGAGCAGCAGCCAGAGGUUAAAAUAGAGGCAGUGGAGGAUAAACCAUUUGUUGUUGCCCCAGAGUUACAUGUUCCACCUGAGGUCGUAGUGCCUGAGACAGAAAAACAGAAUGCUAUCAUAGAGAAGACAGCUAAGUUCAUAGCAGAGCACGGAGCUCAGAUGGAAAUCAUCAUCAAAACAAAGCAGUCCAAUAAUUCACAGUUUGAAUUCAUGCAUUUUGAAAACGUACUGAACCCAUAUUAUAAACACAUGGUGAAGAUGAUCAAGUCGGGAAAGUAUCGGCCGAAAGCCGAGGAGAUACAGGAAGACCAUGAUAGCAGCUAUGAGGAAGAACACCCAGAUGGUUACCUUCAUCCCAGUCUGAUGAUCCAGCGAGCCUCCCCCACACCUGACCUGAAACCUAUCAAGUUACCACCUGUCAGCAUCCAUGACACUCCAUAUGGACAACUCAUUAAGUCACUCAAAAAGUCAAACAAGCAGCAUGAGAAGACAAGCAGUGGCACUGGAGCAGACCAGCAACCUCGUAAAGAUACGCCAUCCAUACAACCACCCCCACUGCCUCCCUAUAUCUCGGCACCAGAAUAUGGACCUGCCAACUCAAGUUUGCCCCUCCCUCCUGGGCUAGAACCUGUCACUCUCCCGUCCUCACAGCAGCCCCCACCCCCAGGGACAGAUGUGGGUGGUAACCUCUACCUCAGCCGGGACAGUCCGGCCAGUGAAGACAGCUCCUCAAGGGAUUCUUUUAGCAUACCUGGUGCUCCACAGAUCGUUCCGCCUCCACCUGACCUUCAACCCGUUAUAGAUAGAAUGGCAAUGUAUGUUGCCAAAAAUGGAGUGGAAUUUGAAAUCGUUGUGAAAAGUAAAAAUGAUCCCAGAUUUGCAUUUUUGGAAUCCCACCAUGUUCAUUUUCCAUACUACAACUUCAAAAAGAAUAUUCAUAUCACAGAAACUGCCAAGGAAAAAAAACGCUUGGAAAAGGAACGACCUAAAGGUGUGAGCUUCAGCAUCAAGGGUAAGCCUCGGGAACAAGAAAGUACUUCAUUGGAAAAACGCCAAGUGUUCGACAAUGACAGCAGUGAUGAGGAUGGUGAUCGGGAUAAGCCUUACAAAUCUGACCUCUCAGGGACAUCCACACCUGUUGAUUCAGAUUUUAUUGUCACGGAAAAUACAAGACCAGAUAGUUCUAAGUCAGAGUAUUCAAGGUCAGAACACUCGCGGAGUACUGAGUACGUGAGAUCAGAGAACAAAGUGGAUCGAGCAGAGUUGAUGGAGAAAUUUGAACGAAAACAAGCUGAAGAACGUCUGAAGGACCGAAUGGCAGCUGCGGCACGUGAGAAGCUAGUCCAGGCAAACAAAGAGAAACAGAUGCAAGCUGAAAGGAAACGUAAGGCAGCCAUGUUUAUCAACAUGCUCAAAUCUACUAAUGUAGCGGCCUCAUCCUCCUCUUCAACACCAGAUGACCAGCGUGAUAUGGAAGAGUCAGGGGGGACCGCGUCCACAGACACAUCUAUAGGCAGCCGUUCACAUACACCCAUAACUCAGGAGGAAGACCGUCUCAGUGACUACUCGGACCGAUCGUCAAGGUCGUCAAAGAAGUCUAGAGACAGAGGCUCAUCUCCGCCCUCAAGGUCUCGCAAGUCAACAAGCCCAUCAUCAAGGUCAAGGUCACCUAGAAGAAAACGCUCCCCACUUCCACCUAGUGCUUAUGUUAGAGGUAGAAGAUCAUCAUCAAAGUCACCAACACGCAGAAGUAUACCACGGCCACAAAGUCCGCGUAGGAAAGAUAGGUCAAGGUCACCAAGAUACAGGUCAAGUCCUUCAUUAUCUCCUGGGAGGUCAAAAUCACUGAAGAGGUCACGUUCACCAUCACCAUCUAAACGUUCAUCAAAAUCCAGUAGGAGGUCACCAAAACAUAUCAGAAAGUCAAAGAAAAAGAAGAGGUCACGUUCAAGGUCGCCUUAUCAUAAAUCAUCAAGCAGUAGGAGCUCAGGUGAUCUGAUUGGUCCUGUCCAAAGCUAUGAUAUCAACAUCAAACCGGAACCACAGCUGUCCCAGUCUGCUGCAGAUGUUACUGACAAUAUAGACAAGGCUAAGCCAUACACAUUUACAGAAUUUUCUAACUUACCACCACUGCCAGAUUGUCUACCACCAGAGCCACCAUCAGACUCCAGGGCCCCUCUCCCUCCCCUACCUCCACUUCCCCCAGACUCCGACAGUAACAGCUGUAGUCUGCCGGGUGAAUCAAAGUCUGAGGAAAAAGCAGUGUCUAAGUACAUGUUGAACCGUGUUCGAGCAAUUAUAAAGGCAUCACGACAAGCCAUUCUACAGGAGGAAGGAUUUGAUGACCAUUAAUACGCUGGUGAUAUGACACAUACAGCAGGAGUCCAUGAUCUAAAAAUACACUGAUGAUGACACAUACAGCAGGAGUCCAUGAUCUAAAAAUACACUGAUGAUGACACAUACAGCAGGAGUCCAUGAUCUAAAAAUACACUGAUGAUGUCGCAUACAGCAGGGGUCUAUGAUCUAAAAAUACACUGAUGAUGUCACAUACAGCGGUAAUCCAUGAUCUACAAAUACACUGAUGAUGUCGCAUACAGCAGGGGUCUAUGAUCUAAAAAUACACUGAUGAUGUCACAUAAAGUAGGAGUCCAUGAUCAAAAAAAUACACUGAUGAUGUCACAUACAGUAGGAGUCUUUGAUCUAAAAAUACACUGAUGAUGUUGCAUACAUGGUGAAUCUAUCUAAAAAAAAACACUGAUGAGAGAUUUUGUCACCUUCAGUAGGGUUUGAUGAUCCAAAAAUGUAUCACUGAUGAUGUCACAUACAAGAACUGAUGAUCCAAAGAUACAUUGCUAGUAUUUGAUUAAGCAGAAGUACUUGAUCCAGAAAUACAUCAUUGGUGUUUGAUAAAGCUAAGAUUUAUUUUCCAAAAAUUUGUUGCAAGUGUUAGUACUUCAGUGAUGUUAAAUAAAGCCAAAAUUUAUGUUCCAAAAAUACAUUGUUAGAUGUUACUGCCAUUGAUGAUCAAGAAUACACAAUAGGAAUCCCAUAGUGUGCCACUGUAGGAUUGAUUCAAAACAGACCACUGAAAUAUCUCUCAAAUCCUGAAUGCUGUGAUACGAUAUAUUCUGACAUUUACAAUACAAGGUAUCAUAUUUUCAUUUAAGAAACUUACUUCAAAGUAAAUACAAAAGCUCCAACCCAAUUAAGCACUAUUAAAGGGUUGUAAACUUUCCAUGAUAGAAAGCCUGAAUAGAUUGUACACUGAAGAGGAAUGUGAUGUUUGUGUUAUUGGUACCUAGAUAUUUCAUUUCAUAAUGAUAUUAUAUAGAUGACAUCUUUUAUUUAAGAUGCACUUACAAAGUGAGAUAAAGGCUUUGGAAUUACUUAAAUAACAUUGAUCAUAUUCAACAUAUUCAAAGUUAUACGUAUAGAAAUGCACAGAGUACAUAAUCAUUUACUUUCUGUCAGUUAGAAGUUAGAAUCUAUUCUAUUUUCCGGACUAAAUAGCCCAUUGGAGCUGGUUUUGAUAUCUGAUGCUUCUGUGUAAGCACAUAAGUGAAAUUUCAGACAAUUGGUCAGUCUUUUUAAAAUGUAUACAAUGUUGGGCGUUUGGGUGAACUGUUAUUAUCCACUGGUAUUGGUUUGAUGUGACCUGUAUUGACACAACAGCUUAGAUAUUAGUUUGUUGAUGAUUAAUUUGAUUACAUCACAGGAUGUACCAACUAGUCAUUCUAGUGCACUACCCAGUAUUGGUUCAUUCCUAAUCAUGCUUCCCUUAUUUAGUCACUGUAACAGCAUAAUUUGAGAUAUUUAUUUACUGUAGACCUACUUAUUUUUGUUGCUAUCAAAUUUAAGCACAGUGUCAAUUUUGAACAACUAAGUGCAAUGAUGAAUUCAGACACUUUGUAGAAAAUGCAGUUAAAACAUUCUUAUCUUCACAAUAUGUCUAGAGUCUGAAAAAAUGCUAAAUUAAGAUAGCACUGAAAUAUAUAUGUUCACAGUAUUAGAUAGGAGAUGAUUUUCUUUGUUAAUUGAGAAACCUUAAUAUAGAUAGAAGAACAUAUACAUAACACAUUGAUGUACUUAUUUCUUAUCUAGUUUGUACAUAAGAUAUCUUUAGAAUAACAGCAUAAUGGCGUACUUUUUUGGGAAUGCCAAGAUAAUUGUCAUUUCCAUUCAAAGUGACUGUUUGCAUAUAUCACACAUUAGAUACUGUAUACAUGAAACAGACAGUACAAGAUACACUGAAAUAUUGAUACUGUAUUGUACUUAAAUGUCAAGGCACCUUGAUUAUCAACUAUGCCUUCUUAUCCUUAAAAACACCUUAUUUGAUGUGCAAUGAAGUUUUCAGAAUUUGUUUGGGUUAAAAUGUUGUCCUUUUUAAUAUCUCCCUUCUGCAUCUUUUGAGAGUUUGAAAUAGAUUAAGUUUAUCAUCAUCUGUAGAGUGCUGUCUAUUUACAGCAUUCACUUACAUACAUUCCAGUAGUAAAGAUCUAUAAAACAAACUUGAGCUGUCAUAUUUUUCAAGAUCAGUGGUAGUUUUUAUUACAGCAUAAAUAAUAUAUAUAUAUACACACACACAUAUAUAUCUAUAUAUUAGUACAUGUACCGUUAUUUUCAUCUAAAUCGACGUCUUUGAAAUUUUGCAUACAACUUUAGAAUGUUUUGAAAUAAGAUUAUAUAUAGAUUGUUCUGUAAUUCUAUUGCUGAGGUUUGCCUUUUAUAAAAUGGAUCUGUGGUUCAAAUGAAGACCUUUUCUAGUCAUUGGUCAUUGGUUGUAUGUAUAUUAAUGACUGUUCAUACAUAUGACGCUGGUUGUUACUUGAAUCUUGUACUAGUCCAGGCCUGCUGUCUGUAAGGUCUUAUCAAGUCUGAUUGUUCUUGAACAAACAGCUUAUAAAACACACUUUUCGGUCUAUUAUAUUUUCUUACUAGUUUUCCCAUAUCUGUAAUAAAACUCUCUUAAAGCCAAAUGCAACACAUCAUUAAAGGAAUUACAAAUGGUAUGUAAGUUAGUUUUAAACUUUAACUAAUGGCACUUAAAACCUCCUGACAACUUGGUUAUUGUAACAAUGAGUUUAUAUUUUAAGAUGAAUGUAAAAUGACAAAAAAAGAUGGAGAUGCUGUUCUUUGUGUAUAUAGUCACUAUAUACGAUAAAUGUGUUUAUGGAUGUGUUUGGUAUAGUUAAAGAUUUACCGAUCUGUAGAAAAAUAUUUUUUGUUCUCAUGGAUGUCUGUGUAAUUCAGGGUAAUGUUCAUGUUUUCUGUUAUGUGUCUACAGGCUAUUACAGAUGUUCAGCACACUUAUUGCUGUAGACUUACUGCAGCAAACAACAGAAUAAUUUUUCAAGUGAGAAAGUGGCCUCGAAACAGAUCAGUGUGUGCUAUCAUUUAUCAGAAGUAAUCUGUAAAACAGAAAAAUGAUAAUGAGUACCUUUGCUGGUAGAUUCGUUACGGGGAAUAAAAGCUAGCACAUUACAUUUAGUCAGUGAGAGAGUUUAUAAAAACAUUUAUCAUGAUCACACAAUAUAAUUUUCACACGGGUAACUCGUGCCCUAAUAUAGGCACCGGUGUACAAUAUUUAUACUGGCACCAGCUAUAUUUAUAUGGACGCUGCAGGCACUUACUAUAUUUAGAUUUUUACAAAGGCCUUACACAAGAAAUAGAUUCAUCGAUCUUCCAGUCAUUUUGUAGUUCUUGUUGUUGAAAUUGAAUUUGCUAGUUACUUUGUAAGUCUGGUUGUUGAACUUAAAUCUGCUGAAAUUUAGGUUGAGUGUAGGCUCCAUAUACCUUGUAUUGCUUGGUCUGUUCGUAAUUUGCCUUGCUAGUCAUGAUUGUUUUCAGUCAUAAAUGUGUUGUAAUACUGUAAACAUACAUAUUUUCAUGAUAAUCCUACUUUAGCACUUACCACACUGAAAUCAUUGCACUAACAUAUGAUUGCACGAAAUGCAGUUCUGUAUGUUGCUUAUAUAGCGAUAAUUGUGAAUGCAGGAACUCAUCAUUUUGGUUAUUUGCAAAAAAGUGUUUAAUAAGUGUGAAAUAUUAUCAUGUCAUAAUAAGUAUAUUUACAGUAUAUCAUAUUUACUGACUCAUUAUGUUCUAUUGCUUCGGGUCAGUAACUCAAGUGCUUUCUCACUGACAUAGUCAUUAAGGAUUGUCAAAUGUAAUUCAGGUUUUCACAGCUGUGUAAAGCAGUGUAGGAAAUUUAGUAAAAUUUUUCAUAAUGGACAGUAACUAUAUGUCUGCUAUCUACUACGUCAUGGGUAUCAAUUAUCUAGAUGUUGUCAGUGUUUGGACUAAUAUUUAAUUGUAUACAUGGUAGUAUACUGAAUUAAAACAACAAUAUGGAUUAAACUAUAGAAUUGAUGUUUAAAGUAUACUGGUUGGUUAAAAUCUAAUAUUUUUUGAGAAUCAUACCAUCAGUAUCUAUUAUUGUGGAAUAAGAUCAUUUUGAUUGUUCAAUGUUUUGAAACAUCUAAUCACUGGUGUGUUGGUUAUGUACAUGUGUUUGUCUCUUGUACAGGUGGUUAUCAAAAUGUCCAAAGGUGUUUUGAGUGAGAGCAUAUAAAGGUGUGAUGGAUAUAAUAAGUUAUUGAGAUGAAUCUUCACCAUUGUUCUUGUGGGAAGCUUAUGGCAUACAAUUGUAUUUGGAAUGGAAGUCAGCUAAACGUGUGUGAGCAUCAAGUGUUUGGAUCUGUAGUCCCCAUCUAGGGCAACCCAUAUUUUUAGCAUUAUGUUAUAAUGGUGCUUUGUGAAUAUUGACCUUUAUAAGGCUAUAUAAUAAAAA